UGAUCACACGUCUGUUUUUUUUACGUCGUCUGUGAUGAUGAUCAAUUCUGAACGUUUGCAAUUGUAUUUUCGUAUAUACUUUGCUGUGUUGAAACAAUUAAUACAAUUGAUGUACUAUGAAUCGAUUGGAUGAUUCGGGGCUCAUGAAAGGCAGAAAACCAUCUUUUAUUGGGAUGAAUGGGGCUCCCGAGACGGAUGAUCAACAGCGAUUACGGUUUCAAGUUGAAUUAGAGUUUGUACAAUGCCUUGCAAAUCCAAAUUAUCUGAACUUUUUAGCACAACGUGGCUACUUUAAAGACUCGACAUUUAUCAAUUACCUUAAAUAUCUACUGUACUGGAAAGAGCCAGAGUAUGCCAAAUAUUUGAAAUAUCCUAUGUGCCUAUAUUUUCUUGAUUUAUUGCAAUACGAGCACUUUAGACGAGAAGUUGUAAAUUCUCAGUGCACAAAAUUUAUCGACGAUCAACAAAUUUUAUUGUGGCAGCAUUAUACACGACGUCGAACGAGACUUUUGCAAACAGCUGCUGAGCAAACGCAACACAUCAAUCCUCAAAAUAACGGUAUCACGCAAUCUAAAGUUCCCUGAAAUUGCAAUUUUAAUCAUGUUCUCAUUCCACAUAUUCAAAAUACUAAACAUAGAUAUUUACAUUUUACGUGAUUGUUUUUGACACGAUAUAUUUGUGUAAGAAAUGAAGUAUAUUGUUUGACUGUGAUAAUUGAUGAAAUUUCUUAUACACUUUUAUAUAAUCAAAUAAUAUCGCUUUCUCAUAUACAUGCGAAUAAAUUAUUUAUAAAAAAGCAUUAUUAAACAUCAAGAAAGAUAUUUGAAAGACUUUUCUUUCAUUCUAAUGUUCAGUUUUUUAUUAUUACAUUAUAAUGAGUGUACAUGUGUGUAUUUAGAUAUAGUAAAAUGCAAUCAUCUAUAAACAAUCCGUUAUAUUUGCAUAAGCUAUCUUUAAAUUCUAUCAUAUGUACAUUAAAAAUUAUCUAGAUCAUCUGUCACAUUAUUUUAAAAUGGGCACACACGAAUUUCUGCCGCGUUAUCCUAAAUCUUCUCUUUAUAAAUUUUUUAUGUUUCAAAUUAAAAUAAAUACCUGUUGCUAUAUAUAAAUGCAACAAGAUUAUUGGAUUCUUAUACAAUGUAUAUCUUAUAGUUAGUAGUAUCAGAGAGAGAGAAAAAGAGAGGGAGAGAAGAUAAUAUGCGUAUGAUAUCUACUCAAUAAAAAUAAACUAGUUUUUUUUUUAUACAAAAUUGCUUUAUCCAAUAGA